UACUGCCUGUGUGUGGCAACGGGGGUAAGCUGGACAACGGGGGAAAUGUGAGAUUGUGGAGAGUACCAUGUUACGCUUUUAAAGAAUCUCGAACCUCUUCGAAUCGGAAGGAAGAUUUUGGAAACAUAUUUUUGGGGGAUUACCCGGCCACAAAAGGCGCACAUUCCUCGGAGGUCCGUGGCGGAGAAUAAAGUAGUUUAAUCGAGUCCGACCGCACCAAAUUUCUCCCAACUGCCGAGUGAGCUGUGUAGUCAUCAAGCCGAGGCUAGCUGGGUGCGCUCCGGAGAGAGGAUGCUUGUCGAGGUCUGCGUUCACCAUCCGUAACGUUGCAUUAGCGAGGAUUAAACGCAUGAAUUAUACUCUGUUUUUCUUCGGAAAAGUCGUCCCGACGGCCAGGACACACGCACGGAUAAAACCGCGUCAUUUUUCAUGAGAGGAUUUUGACGAGACCCCCACCUCCACCCCCACCCGGCCCGGUGAUCUUGUCUGCUUGUUGAGAGACUGGAGUCCCCGUGAACAAAUUUCAACCAUUUCGCCAAAGGACCUGUUUAUUGGCUAGAUAAACACAGGAUACAUUUCAAGAUGUAUCCACAAGGCCGACAUCCGGCUCCACAUCAGCCUGGACAGCCUGGCUUCAAAUUCACUGUAGCAGAGUCUUGUGACAGGAUUAAAGAUGAAUUUCAGUUCCUGCAAGCCCAGUAUCACAGUCUUAAGGUGGAGUAUGACAAACUGGCCAAUGAGAAGACAGAGAUGCAGCGCCACUAUGUCAUGUAUUAUGAGAUGUCCUAUGGGCUGAACAUAGAGAUGCACAAACAGACGGAGAUUGCCAAACGGCUCAACGCAAUUUUAGCUCAAAUUAUGCCUUUCCUGUCACAAGAGCACCAACAGCAGGUUGCUCAGGCAGUCGAGCGGGCUAAGCAGGUGACUAUGACUGAGCUGAAUGCCAUCAUCGGGGUACGUGGACUUCCCAAUCUGCCUCUCACCCAGCAGCAGCUCCAGGCACAGCACCUCUCCCAUGCUGCUCACGGGCCUCCUGUCCAGCUGCCCCCACACCCCUCAGGCGUGCAGCCACCUGGCAUCCCCCCUGUGACGGGCUCUGGCUCAGGCCUGCUGGCACUUGGCGCCCUGGGCAGCCAGGCCCACCUCCCAGUCAAGGAUGAGAAAAACCACCAUGAUCUUGAGCACAGAGAGAACACGAAUAACUCUAUAUCGCCAUCAGAAAGUUUACGCACAGCCAGUGAGAAACACCGCAGCUCCUCUGACUACAGUUUGGACUCUAAGAAACGCAAAGUGGAAGAGAAGGACAGCAUGAGCAGAUAUGACAGUGACGGAGAAAAAAGUGACGACCUGGUUGUAGAUGUGUCUAAUGAGGACCCUGCCACCCCUCGGGCGAGCCCGGCUCACUCACCCCCUGAAAAUGGCAUUGACAAGGCCCGCCCCCCAAAGAAGGACACGCCCAACAGCCCUGCAUCGGUGGCGUCUUCUGGAAGCACCCCAUCUUCCAAGGCCAAGGAGCUCAGUCAUAAUGACAAAUCCUCCACGCCUGGCCUCAAGUCCAAUACCCCCACCCCUCGCAAUGAUGCCCCCACCCCUGGCACCAGCUCCACCCCUGGGCUCAGGCCUAUCCUGGGUAAACCACCCGGCAUGGAGGCUCUUCCAGCCCCAGCUUUGCGUACCCCUCUGUCCAUUGCAGGCUCCUACCCUACCCCUUUUGCCAUGAUGGGCCAUCAUGAAAUGAAUGGAGGCCUGACUAGUCCUGGUGUGUAUGCUGGUCUGCACAUCUCCCCUCAGAUGAGUGCUGCAGCAGCUGCAGCCUAUGGACGCUCCCCCAUGGGUUUUGAUCCUCACACCCACAUGAGAGCUCCUGGCCUUCCAGCCAGCCUUACAUCAAUCUCUGGAGGAAAACCUGCUUACUCUUUCCACGUCAGUGCAGACGGCCAGAUGCAGCCUGUGCCCUUUCCGCCAGAUGCCCUGAUUGGUCCCGGUAUUCCACGCCAUGCCCGCCAAAUCAACACACUGAGCCACGGUGAGGUUGUGUGUGCCGUCACCAUCAGCAACCCCACACGCCACGUCUAUACUGGUGGCAAAGGUUGUGUCAAAAUCUGGGACAUCAGUCAACCCGGCAGCAAGAGCCCCGUGUCCCAGCUGGACUGUUUGAACAGGGAUAACUACAUCCGCUCCUGUAAGCUGCUGCCUGACGGCCGCACAUUGAUUGUUGGAGGCGAGGCCAGCACGUUGACCAUCUGGGACCUGGCUUCCCAGACACCCCGCAUCAAGGCUGAGCUCACCUCCUCAGCCCCGGCAUGCUACGCCUUGGCCAUCAGCCCCGAUGCUAAAGUCUGCUUCUCCUGCUGCAGUGAUGGAAACAUUGCAGUCUGGGAUCUCCACAACCAGACUCUGGUCAGGCAGUUCCAAGGUCACACGGAUGGUGCUAGCUGCAUUGAUAUCUCUCAUGACGGCACUAAGCUGUGGACAGGUGGUCUGGACAACACUGUCCGCUCAUGGGAUCUGAGGGAGGGCCGACAACUCCAGCAGCAUGACUUCACCUCACAGAUCUUUUCUCUGGGCUACUGUCCGACCGGGGAGUGGCUGGCUGUGGGCAUGGAGAGCAGCAAUGUGGAGGUGCUCCACCACACAAAGCCGGACAAGUAUCAGCUCCACCUGCACGAGAGCUGCGUCCUCUCCCUCAAGUUCGCCUACUGUGGUAAAUGGUUCGUAAGCACUGGGAAGGACAAUCUGUUGAAUGCUUGGAGGACUCCUUAUGGCGCCAGCAUAUUCCAGUCCAAGGAAUCCUCAUCUGUCCUGAGCUGUGACAUCUCAGCAGACGACAAGUAUAUUGUGACAGGCUCUGGCGACAAGAAGGCCACUGUAUAUGAAGUGAUCUACUAGAACGGACUGCUUUGGAUCAGAGCAUGUAGAUGCUCAGGAGCAGUGGACUCUUCCUCCAUCUACCCUCCCUCACACAGACAGCAUGGAUGUUGCCUGCAGCCCCUGGGUGGAUGGGCAGGAGGCUGGACUGGGCAGUGCCUCUCUGUAAAGGACUUGGUGCUGUUGUGGCUCUGGGUGCUGCGUCCUUCGGCUCUGCCCUCUCUCUCUCUCUCUCUCAUACAACUAACACUUGUACAGCGAGUGCAGCUCCCAAGGCACUAGAGAAGAAAAUAAUGUCUUGCUGUUUUUCUGUUUGUUGGAUAUUUCUUUUUUUAUUCGUCUUUUUUAAUGUGGAGAUAAGGUUCCGUGACACAACUAGAAGCGGCGCUUCGCUCUGGAGAUUCUCCCUGGAGGUCCUGUGAAAAGUGUACAUAAUGGAGUAAUAAAAGGCCUUUUAUAGAUUUAUAUUUUGGUGUCCAGUUACGCUUGUGAUGGUUCUUUCUUGUUCUCUCCUUGAUUUUCUGUCCCCUCUGGGGAUGGAAAUUAGAUUAGGACUUUGUAAGAGGAUAUUCUAUUUCAGUUUUUUCCCUCUUCUGCCUUUUUUCAUGUUCGUUGUCAAGGAUGACCUUUGUGGAAAUCUAAUUUGGAUUUUUUUUCUCUCUGACAACGGCCUUUUUUUCUUUGCUAUUUGCUAUAACACAGAACACGGACAUUUGUCCCUUGGAUUUUAGCAGCGGAGAAUUCUGGGAAUGUCCUUUUUUUUCAGAAUGGGAGAAGGAGAGAUUCAUGGUUUCGAGUCACUUUUACCCUUUGGCCCUGGUUAACAAAAAUUCAACUUUGAAAACGAGGACUUUUCCCAGAACAUUGGUUCUUUCAAUUACAUUAAAAUGGAUAACUACCAGGUGGAGGACUGGCAGGCAUUUUGGAGAAGCAGAUGGGACUUCAGUUCAGUCUGUUGACUUGAGUAUUGUAUGAAUCUUCGUGGCUUUACUCAACACAGUUUCACUUUUAGUUAUCAGUCUGUAAGAGUUAAUAAUUGCCCUUCUCUUUUGACUCUCUGUGACUGAUAUGCAAGGCUUACACAAUUACUCAUAAAGGUGGCAGACAAAGCCAUGACCACAGUUGACAUUUUGGGUAUGCUUUUUCCUUUCCUCAGUGCUUCAUAAUAUCCCACUCCAAUCUCCUCUUGUAGAGAGGAAUGGUCUCCACCCAGACACACUUCAGACCAUGUAGCAAACACUUGUCAUCAUCACUAAGGAUUGUACAGUUGACAGUUGUUGAUAAAUCAAUAAACUGUUUUUAUAUAAAAAA